AGGAGAAACCAUCUCAAAUGCUUCUGAUUAUCGGUAACAAUGGGUCUAAUUAUUUUAUUUAUUAUGUUUUUGUUGCUGGUCCUAUAUAUGACGAUCUGCAGAUCUGAGACACAGAACUCUACACCCGGACAUCACCUUGUAGUUAACAAUUACAUUUUUACAUCUAAGUAUUCUCAGAAAGAAGAUAACAUUAUUAGAGGACUAUUCACCCGAUGUACAAGAGUAUUUUCUUACAUGAAUAGAUGGAAAAUUUUCUCCAGUGCAAUCGUCAUGAUAUCAGUUAUGGAGCAAGAGAACCUGCGCUGAGUGACAGAAGGAUUUAUCCACAAUUUUUUCGAACAAGUUACAAUGACCAGAUGCAAUUUGUGGCAAUUUUAAAGUUAUUGAAACUCUUUAGCUGGAACUGGGUUGGGAUAAUUUCAUCAAAUGAUGAGAAUGGAGAGCGGGAGUUCCAACAACUAAGCAGACAGUUAACCACUCAUGGGAUAUGUAUUGAAUUCAGCUUACAAGAUAGAAACAUUUUUAGGAAAAUGUCAGUAAUUGAGAAUAUUCAGAAUUCUACUGCUGAGAUUAUAAUAUUGUGUGGCACAUAUUCUUUGUCCAUUACACUUCUUAUCCAUAGAAUGGCUCAAUUUACUUUUAAUAAGACUUUUAUUCUUCCAGCUUCGUGGUCAGCUGUAAGAGAGAUUACUGUGCCCAGUAAUAUAGGUGUUCCAGUUAAUUGCUGCUUUGUGUUUUCACUUCCUGUAUGUAACAUCCCUGGAGUGGAAUCAUUUCUAGAUAAAUUCAAUCAACCAAAUUAUUCAAAUGACCCAUUACUGGAGGAUCUCUGGAUAACUCAACGUCGCUGCAAGUCUAAAAAUAAGUUGAAGAAUUCACUUUUCUCAAUAAUGCGUAACAUAGACCUUAAAAAUUGCUCUGGGGUGAAUCUUGGUACCUAUUACAAUUUUCCUGAAGAUCCUCUUCCCUACCGAGUAUACAUUGCUGUUUCCACUAUGGCUCAAGCUUUGCAUGAUAUGUAUCUAUUUUUUAACACUAACGUAACAAAACACAAUUUUAAAGUAAAUGAAAACCAAGUAAGUUUAUACAAUGAACAUUAUUCUCAUUAUCAACAAAAAAAUGACAUUGCAAUGAAUAACCACAACAUACAGUUAGUGUUAACACAUAACUAAAUCUGGAGUUUAUAUGAAUCUGGUUGUUUAAAAGGAAAUAAAGUACACGCCAAUGGAUUUAGAACUCUUUACCAUGUUAUGUUGUUCUAAGACAUUGUCUUAUGUGUUUACUGUAUAUACUGUAUAUACUCACUAUUGCAUGCUCCCACUGUAUACCUUCAUUCCCUCUUUC